GUAGCUUUGGGUCUAUUGUCAAAUUAUACAUAGUAUAAACUUUCUUAGCUUUAAAUUGCAUGUUGACCUGACUGAACUCGAAGUGAGUAAAUGCGUAGCAGUGGUCAAUGGAAAAAGGUGUUGAAGCUAUUCGAACGCUGGCAUAAUGUUGCCUUUGGUCCAAAGUAUUUGCUCUUUACGAAUCUAACAAUAUCGAUAUCGUUGAGCAUGCUGGGCGACACACUGGAGCAGUCCUAUGAGCGUUUUACGGGUCAGAUUGUGGGCUGGGAUCGCACUCGUACCUUACGCAUGGGCAUAUCGGGCUUUACAGUGGGCAUUGUGUGCCAUUACUGGUACCAGUAUCUGGAUUAUUAUUAUCCGAAGCGCACCCUGGGCGUAGUGGUGCGCAAAAUACUGCUGGACCAGCUAAUAUGCUCACCUUUCUAUAUCAGCGUUUUCUUUCUAACCAUGGGCGUGCUGGAGAACCAAAGCUGGGAGGAGAUGAGGGAGGAAAUCUAUGAUAAGGCCGCCACACUGUAUCUAGCCGAGUGGACAGUUUGGCCCUUGGCACAGUUUAUCAACUUUUUUCUAAUUGCACCACGUUAUCGUGUAUUCUACGACAAUAUCGUAAGUCUCGGCUAUGAUGUAUUCACAUCCAGAGUGAGGUACAGAAAGAAAGAGCCGGCCAUAAGGGAGAACACACAUGCAUAACUCACAAAAAAAUAACAAAGAAAAGAAAUUGUACAUUUGCUUGUCUUGAAAGUUGAUGAAAACGCACAGCAUGCAAAAAUAAAAAUUCUAUUGUUGU